ACAAACGCGUACACGAUUCCGCUCGUCGAUAUAAAAAAGCCGCCGGACCCGUCUUGGUCUUCAGUACACGCACGACAACCGCACCAGCACCACAUCGCCGUCAUCAUGGAAUCACGUACAGCAUUAUUGUUCGCCGUUGUGGCCGUUUUGGUCGCCCUGAUGGACCGUACCGCGACCGCGGCCCCACAAAAGGAAACGGCCUCUACCGAGUACACCAACAAGUUCGACAACAUUGACAUCGACCAGGUGCUCGCCUCCAAGAGGCUGGUCAACAACUACGUCCAGUGUCUGAUGGACAAGAAACCGUGUUCCGCCGAAGGCUCUGAACUCAGGAGUACGUAAAUUACUGCACUAUAUUAAUAUACCUACUGGUAAAAAUAUUUAAUCCCGGAUUUACCUAAUACGUAAUAGACCCGGCUGAAGGUUAGGAAUAAGGUCUAAUACCCUAUCGACCGGCUUAAUUUCAAAUUAUCGCCCCCCCCCCUUUUUUUUUCUUUGUCAGUUUUUUAAUACUAGAGUUUAAAGGUUAAUUAAAAAGUCAAGUUAAAUAAACAAAAUAGCCUUCUGUAGCAAAAAAAAAAAAUACUAUUGUUCCACUUCCGCUAUUUAUCUUGUUAUUUAUAGUCAUGCAAUUUAUAUAUAAAUCCUAAACGCAGUAUAUGUUACGGUACAAGUAUACAAUACCGAUUGACAUUGAACGCAUAUUCGAAUUUUGAAUAGAAUAUAUACUGACUCUAACGAUCGAACAUCGUCUUCAACCGGUUAAUUGUAUAACUGAAUGUUUGGUCAUUUUGAAUUUUUUAACAUUGAUUAAAAUUUCGAUAAUAAAUAUACAUAAUAAUUAUUGUAUUUCUAAUCAUUAGUAUAUACUUAUUAUAAACGUGUGCCCGCCUGGUUGAGUUGAAAAACGUAAUUGAUUAUUAAUCAGAUCUUGCAUCCAACCGGAUUCUCGCACUUUUUCCCCUAUUUUCUUUGAAAACGGUCCAUCACUGGUGCUUUUUAUUUCUAGUAAAUAAUAUCUUUAGUCGUGUCGGUGAAAUGUAAUAGUAAUGUACAAACGCCUGUGUAUAAUGUUCUAAUAUCGACAAAACAUUGGGCGUUAAUACAUUUGUUGAGUUUCGAAAAUAUUUUACGAUCUACACCCUUAAGGUUGUCAAUACGUUGAAUACAGUCAUUUUUUUUUCAUCAAUAAUCACACAAUAUACAAAAUAGGUAAAUUUAUUAACUCUAAAUAAUACGUUUAGUUUAUAUAUAUAUAUAUAUAUAUUCUACAUUGAUAUAUACUAUAUAUAUAUAUAGAUUAGAUAUAGUAUUUAUUGAAAUUGCAAUAUUGCAAUAUUUAACUUUUUGCAAUCUGCGAAAAGUUCUCACAACAAAAACAAGUAUAUUUAUAUCAUAUUAUUUCUAAAUACUAACACUUCAGUGUAUUAAACAUAAAAACGAACCUAAAAGAAUCAGUUUUAUGACAAUACAUUUGAACUCAACAUAGGGGCGAUAGACAACUUUUAUUUUAUUGCUGCAAUAUUUAACUUUUUGCACUCUGCGAAAAGUUUUCACAAAAAAUUUAACUCAAAAUAUUAUAUUAUUUCUAAAUGCUAAAAUUGCAAUAUAUAUAAAACAUAAAAUAAAAUCUAAAAGAGUCGGUUUCAUAACAACACAUUAGAAUUCAACAAAGGUUAGUUUGAUAGCUUUUAUUUUAUUGCUGCAGUAUUUAACUUUUUGCACUCUGCGAAAAGUUUUCACAAAAAAACAAUUUUUAUUUUUUUAUUAUUUCUAAUUGUUAAAAAUGUGUAGUUAAACGUGCAAAAGGUUCAGUUUCAUAAUAACAAACAAUAUUAAAAGUAAAUGUUACAAUAUUAUUAUUUUUUUCUCUCGACUCCUUACAUAUUUUUGUAUUUGUUCCAAUGUACGUAUAUAUAAUACAUGUAAGGCACAUGAAAGUAUCGCAUUAUACAUAUUAUCAACUUUUAUUACCUAUAUCUUAUUAUAGUUAUUACUACUUAUCCAGAAUGGUAUGGAAAAGUUUAAAAUCACUUGAUCGCUUAUUCUCUUAUUAUAGAAGAUUAAAUAAUUAAUUACCUACAAAUAAUAUCUUAUUAUUAUUCUUAAACUUUAAAUUGGUGUUUGUUUCUGAACAUUACGGUACCUUAAAUUAAUAAAAAAUUUAUCGAACUUUAUCCUAUUGUAAUAAUUUAUGUUCUAUAAAUAUUCAAAAAAGAAAAUAGAUCUUCUAAAAAAUGUAAUUGCAUAGGUUUAGUUCAAGUUAGAAAUCAUUUAGAUAGUAGAUAACAUUACAGAAGAGUAUUAAUAAUUUAAUGUAGUGAUAUUCUUUAUAUUAAUGGAAGAAUUUAUGGAUUACUUUUUUGCACAUUGAAAUUUAUCUAAUAUUAAUACAUGUAUAUUUGUUUUGAUUUAAUAGAAGUAUUGCCGGACGCCUUGAAAACACAAUGCAUAAAAUGCAGUCCCAAACAAAAGAACGCAGCACUUAAAGUAGUUGAACGACUCCAAAAAGAUUAUCCCACCGAAUGGAAACAACUCCUGGACAAAUGGGAUCCUAAACGGGAAUAUUCACAGAAAUUCGAAGAAUUCCUCCAAGAGGAAAAGAAGAAGAACAGUUCCUUCAAGUUUUGAAGUCGUGGAACACUAAGUUGGUAGUCGGUGUAAUAUUUAUAAUAUAAUCAGAACGUACACUAAGCACACUAUUUCCGUUUAGAUAUAUGCGUCAAAAUACUGCUUACAUUGAACAAAAUAAAAAAUAAUUAUCGUUAAUCAGUAAACGUGACUUGUAUUUGUUUUUUUUUUAUAUAUAUAUACUCUGCUGUAGCACAAGAAAAAUGAUAAUAAAUAUAGAUUUUUUUUUUUUAAUCUGUUUUCAUUCUUAUAUGUUUAUUAUAAUAUUAUUUAUUUUAUAUUUGUCUAAAACAUAAUAACGAAGAAUAAUAAUGUAGGUAUAUAAUAUACAUUAUAUACUUAAUUAAAUAUCGAUAAAUUUAUAUUUUUUUGUUAUUUUUUUAUAUUUUGAAAUCAAAGCAAUCAUUUUAUCAAUUAAUUUAAUAGCUCAAUAAUGAUAAUCGUUGCGUAUUCUAUAUAAAAUCGUACGAGUGUUAAA